UUCGUAUUGCCUGCCAUCGUAGCUUUGGUAUUAAAUGUUUGUAUCAUUCGAAGUAUCUUUCAAAGCAAAGACUUACUAAGAUCAUCGACGUACCGCUACAUUGCUAAUAUGGUAUUUUCCGAUCUGGCUACGGGGAUCAUAUUUACUGUAUUACCGUUUAUAUCUUCAUUUCCUUUACCUUAUGUUAUAGCCGAUAUAAUUUGUCGUACUUUGUCCUAUGUUACUGGUGUAACAUAUAUGGCUUCUAUUUUGAGUUUAGUAGCCAUUAGUGUCGAUCGAUAUCAAACUAUAGUAAAAUCUUUAUCAACACGUUAUCAAUCUAAAAAGUUAAUCAUCAGUAAGAGGGUUAUAGUGUUGAUUUGGUUGAUUAGUAUUACAUUCUCUAUACCAUUA